CUGCAACUGUUUCAUGACAUUUGCAGUUUUCACAUGUUCUGUUCCUGCACAUGACAAAGUGUGCAGUCGACAAGGUUAAGAAGAAACAGAAUCUCUCAAGUGAGCACGGCCAACAAUUCCUACUCUUCAGGCAGGAGAGGAGGAGAUGUGAGGGGUGUGAUGAGGUCAAUCCCCUGGUGCCUGAUAGUGAAACUGAAAAAUCAUGGAGAAAAUAUGGACUCGGGGCACAUGCUAUAUUUCCUGUACAGAGUCUGGACUGUGGAGAGAAAGAAGAGGAAAUGAGUAAAAAUUACUGAACUGUUCCUGUACUAGCCUCUCUGUUGUGGAUAUUUACCUGCGUUGUCUCCUUCUGCUGACACCCUUCUCCUGUUUGCCCUCCUUAAUAUGUUAUUGGAGCCUUCUUUUCCAAUAUCGGACUCUCUUCACUUAAUCAAGCCAAGAGCGAGCGAGAAAGAGAGAUGCGAGGAGGAGAUUUGAAGUAGGAGAGACCGUCUGCUGAACAUCAGCGUUCCAUUGGCGUCGCCCGCUUCACAGGUUUGGCGUGGCCCUCUCUCAGCCCGCUGCCCUCUGCCUGUGACGGGAAUCCAUCGUGACAGGAUACCAGCAGCACCACCGACUGUAAACAUGGCGGCGUGCACAGCCAGAUGCCUGUGCUAUGUGCCCCCUUACUGAAGCCCGGAUCAUCGACACACUUCCAUGAUGGAGACAGAGGAGGAGCAGCACAUGACCACGCUGUUAUGCAUGGGCUUCCCAGACCCGGUGGCCAUCCGGAAGCUCCGCCUGGCCAAAAACGACAUCAACGAGGCUGUAGCGCUGCUCACCAACGAAAGCCCGGGACUCGGAUACGGCUACGAGCCGAUGGAAAGCGGCCCAUCCCCGAGCUCCGGCCUCAGCGGAGACGGCGAGAGCAGCGGGCGCACGGGCACCGGAGGGUUUGAUCCUCCGCCUGCGUAUCACGAUGUCGUGGAAAGUGAGAAGAGUAAUGAUGAGAACGGAAACUGCUCUGGGAACAGUAUGGAGUUUCCCACCACUAAUCUGUAUGAGCUGGAGAGCAGAGUGUUCACUGAUCACUGGUCCAUCCCAUACAAGAGAGAGGAAUCGCUCGGCAAGUGCCUCAUCGCCUCCACCUGCCUGGCCAGACUGGGCCUGGCCGAUGCAGAUGAGAACUGUAAGAGAUUUGUUGACCGCUGCAUGCCUGAAGCCUUCAAAAAGUUGCUGACGUCCAGUGCGGUGCACAAGUGGGGAACAGAGAUUCAUGAGGGCAUCUACAACAUGUUGAUGCUGCUGGUGGAUCUGGUCGCAGAGAGAGUCAAACAGGAUCCGAUACCCAUUGGCCUCUUGGGAGUUCUCACUAUGGCUUUUAACCCUGAUAAUGAGUAUCACUUUAAGAAUCGGAUGAAGGCCUGUCAGAGGAACUGGGCAGAAGUGUUUGGAGAGGACAGCAUGUUCGCUGUUUCUCCCAGCUCCAGCUACCAGAAGGAACCUCACGGCUGGCUGGUGGACUUAGUGAAUCGGUUUGGAGAGAUGGGAGGCUUCACAGCAAUUCAGUGCAAGCUCAACCAGGAAGAGAUGGAGAUUGGGUGUGUAUCAGCUCUGGUUCAGCCGCUCGGUGUGUGUGCAGAAUACCUGAACUCCAGCCUGGUGCAGCCCAUGCUGGACCCAGUCAUCCAUAAGAUGAUAACAUACGUGCAGAACCUGGAGGAGAAAGACCUGAAAGACAAGCGUUUGGUGAGUAUUCCAGAGCUCUUGUCGGCCAUUAAGCUCCUCUGCAUGCGUUUCCAGCGGGAGCUGGUGAAUGUCGUGGAUGACCUUCGGCUGGACAUCCUUCUCCGAAUGCUCAAGACGCCCCACUUCAGUGCCAAAAUGAACUCCCUCAAAGAGGUCACGAAACUCAUUGAGGAAAGCACAGUUUCCAAGACUGUGAAGAACGCCAUCGACACAGACCGACUCCUGGACUGGCUGGUAGAAAACUCAGUUCUGUCAAUAGCUUUGGAAGGAAACAUUGACCAGGCCCAGUACUGUGACAGAAUAAAGGGAAUCAUUGAGCUGUUGGGCAGUAAGCUCUCAUUGGAUGAACUCUCCAAAAUAUGGAAAAUACAGGCUGGUCAGUCCUCCACUGUGAUUGAGAACAUCCACACCAUCAUCGCCGCUGCUGCCGUCAAGUUCAGCUUUGACCAGCUCAGCCACCUCUUCGUCCUCAUACAGAAGAGCUGGGAGGUUGAGAGUGAUCGUGUGAGACAGAAGCUUCUGAGUCUGAUUGGACGGAUUGGCAGGGAAGCUCGCUCUGAGGCAACCACAGGAAAGGUGUUGGAGGUAUUGUGGGAGUUGGCGCAUCUCCCCACCCUUCCUGCACUAGUACAGCAGGCCCUGGAAGAACACCUCACCAUCCUCAGCGACGCAUACGCUGUCAAAGAAACCAUGAGGAACUACAUCAUCAAAUGCAUCGAAGAUAUCAAGAAGAUGCAAAUACAGGAGGAUUCAAAGUCUCCCAGCGAGACACAGGUCUCUUUUCUUACUGGCACCUGGGGCAAGAAGAAACCGAGCUCAUUGGCUAAAUCGUCUCAGCAGACUAACCCUCAGACGGUGUGGGUGGUUCCAGCCUUGCGGCAGCUUCAUGAGAUUACGCGGUCUUUUAUCAAACAGACCUACCAGAAACAGGACAAGAGUAUAAUCCAGGACCUGAAGAAGAACUUUGAGAUAGUGAAGCUGAUCACAGGCUCUCUGGUGUCAUGUCAUCGCUUGGCCGUGUCUGUCGCUGGAUCCAAUGGUCUUUCUGGGUCCACGCUGGUUGAUGGGCGGUACUCCUAUCAGGAGUAUUUGGAGGGUCACUUGAAGUUCCUUGCAUUCUUCCUGCAAGAGGCCAGUCUGUACCUGGUCUGGAAUAGAGCCAAAGAGAUCUGGGAAUGCUUGGUGUCUGGCAUGGAUGUGUGCGAGCUGGAUCGAGAGAUGUGUUUCGAAUGGUUCACUAAGGGACAGCAUGAUCUAGAGAGUGAUGUUCAACAGCAGCUCUUUAAAGAGAAGAUUCUCAAGCUGGAGCCUUAUGAGAUCACUAUGAACGGGUUUAACCUCUUCAAGACCUUCUUUGAGAAUGUGAACCUCAGUGAUCACCGUCUCAAACGGCAGGGAACACAACUGUGCGUGGAGCGAUUGGAUCUGGCUGGGAUGGACUUCAUUUGGAGGAUCGCGAUGGAAUCUCCAGACGAGGACAUCGCUAAUGAAGCCAUACAGCUCAUCAUUACUUACAGCUACAUUAACCUCAACCCCAAAAUGAAGAAGGACUCAGUAUCUCUUCAUAAGAAAUUCAUAGCUGACUGCUAUAAGAGAUUGGAGGCUGCUAGCUCUGCGUUGGGCGGCCCGACCCUCACACAUGCUGUUACCCGGGCAACCAAGAUGCUGACAGCCACUGCUAUGCCAACGGUCGCCACAUCAGUGCAAUCUCCAUCCAGGUCCAGUAAACUAGUUAUCAUUGAGAGACUUCUGUUAUUGGCGGAGCGUUAUGUCAUCACAAUAGAGGACCUGUAUUCUGUUCCUCGAACUAUUCUACCUCAUGGAGCGUCUUUCCACGGCCAUCCUGUCACACUUCACAUCACUUACGAAUCUACCAAAGACACAUUCACCUUGGAGGGCCACAGCAACGAGACCAUAGGCAGCAUCAGAUGGAAGAUAGCCGAGCAGCUCAGCUGUCCGGUGGACAAUGUGCAGAUAUUUGCCAAUGACAGCAUGUUGACAAUGAAUCGUGACCAGAAGCUGUUGAAUCAGCUGGGUUUCUCUGAUGAGCAGAGUCUGACGGUGAAGAGCUCAGGAACAGGCACUCCAUCAGGCAGUUCAGCGGACAGCUCCGCCUCGGCCAGCUCCAGCAGCAGCGGGGUCUUUAACUCUGCGUAUGCUUUAGAGCAGGAGAAAUCUCUUCCUGGUGUGGUCAUGGCGUUGGUGUGUAAUGUCUUUGAGAUGCUUUAUCAGCUCGCCAAUUUGGAGGAACCCAGAAUAACUUUGCGUGUCAGGAAGUUGUUGCUGCUUAUCCCGACUGACCCAGAGGUGCAGGACGCCCUUGAUAACUUUGUGCCAAAAGAGUCCAGCGUCUGGAGUCACCAGAAAACUCUGUUUACGCUGGGGUCUGGUUCUCAGGCCUCAAAGUCUCCAUCUCUGUCCAGUAAACAGCAGCACCAGCAGAGUGCAGCGUCCAUCCUGGAGUCUCUGUUUCGUUCCUCUGCCCCUGGCAUGUCUACGUUCAGAGUGCUUUAUAACCUGGAGGUGCUGAGCUCCAAGCUGAUGCCCACAUCUGAUGAUGAAAUGGCAAAGACCAGUGUUAAAUCUUUCUGUGAGAACUUCCUUAAAGCAGGAGGUCUCAGUCUGGUGGUUAACGUCAUGCAGAGAGACUCCAUCCCCUCUGAGGUGGACUACGAGACCAGACAGGGAGUCUAUUCCAUCUGUCUGCAGCUGGCCAGGUUCCUGCUGGUAGGGCAGGCUAUGCCUAGUAUUCUCGAUGAGGAGUUGAGCAAGGAAGGUCUGGACACUCUGUCCUCUCGGCCGUUUCGUAACGCCGGGCGGCAGAGCGGCCGACAGCUCUCCGUCUGCGGAACUCCAGAGAAGUCCUCCUACAGGCAGGUGUCUAUGUCUGACAGAUCCUCCAUCAGAGUGGAAGAAAUCAUCCCGGCCGCCCGUGUCGCCAUACAGACAAUGGAGGUGGGAGACUUCACAUCCACAGUGGCGUGUUUCAUGAGGCUCACCUGGGCGGCAGCUGCAGGCCGAUUGGAUCUAGUUGGAAGCAGCCAGCCAAUCAGAGAGACGACUAACUCGCUUCUCCCGCUGGGUGUUCGCAGCAGGGUCAGCAGCACAGGAAGUAACUGCAGCUCGAGCAGUGAGGGAGAGGUCACCACGUUGCAGGCUGGGAUAUGCGUCAAACAGCUGUUUGUGUCCAUCAAAGACACUAUUAUUGCAAGAGAAGCACUCUCUUUACUCGUCACAUGCCUUCAGCUACGCUGCCAACAGCUAUCUUCAUUUUACACUCUGCCUUCUGUGAAUGAUUUCAUCAUUGAUAUUCUGCUGGGGUCGCCCAGUGGAGAGAUCCGACGUGUAGCGUGUGAUCAGCUGUACACUCUCAGUCAGUCAGACACCUCUGCAUACCCUGACCUCCAAAAGCCCAACCUCUUCCUGUUGAAGGUGGUUCUGACAGCCCAACUUCCUCUCUGGUCCCCCACCAGCGUUAUGAGGGGCGUUAACCAAAGGUUGCUUUCACAAUGCGCCGAGUAUUUUGAUCUGAGGUGCCAACUACUGGAUGACCUGACCACAUCAGAAAUGGAGCAGCUUCAGAUUGGCCCUGCGGCCAUGCUAGAGGACGAGAUCAGCUGGCUUGAUAAUUUCGAGCCCACUUGGACCAACGAGCUGGAGACCAGCGAGGCAGACAACAUCCUGCUGGCCGGACACCUGCGCCUCAUUAAAACCCUGCUGUCCCUCUGCGGCAAUGAGAAAGAGCAGUUCGGUCCUUCUCUGAUCCAGCAGCUGUUGGACGACUUCUUGUUCAGAGCGUCACGAAUCAUCCUGAACAGUGACAGCUCAUCUAGCACGACAGCAUCUAUCCACGACUUUCACCCAAAGUGCAGUACGGUCAGCAGUCGUCUGGCGGCGUACGAGGUGCUGGUCAUGUUGGCCGACAGCUCUCUUACUAACCUGCAGCUCAUCACUAAAGAACUGCAGUCCAUGCACCACCAAUCUGACCCGUUGUGUGUAACAUUAUACCUUGCUGUGUGGCUGUCUUGUCAAUUGAAGGAAAACCCAGAGGAGAGUGUGUUCUGUCAGGUGCAGUCUCUGUUUGGUCACCUGAUGGAGAGCAAACUACAGUACUACAUACCUGAGAACUUCUGGAAGAUAUUUAAGAUGUGGAAUAAAGAAUUAUAUGUACGAGAACAGCAGGACGCUUAUGAGUUCUUCACCAGUCUGGUGGAUCAGCUUGAUGAACAUCUAAAGAAAAUCGGUCGAGAGCAGAUCUUCAAAAACACAUUCCAGGGCAUUUUCUCUGAUCAGAAGAUAUGUAAAGACUGUCCACACAGGUACGAGCGCGAGGAGACGUUCAUGGCUCUGAACUUGGGGGUGACAUCCUGUCAGAGUCUGGAGAUCUCUCUCGAUCAGUUCGUCAGAGGAGAGGUCCUGGAUGGCAGCAAUGCUUAUUACUGUGAGAAGUGUAAAGAGAAGCGGACCACUGUGAAGCGGACCUGUAUAAAGUCUCUGCCCAGCGUGCUGGUCAUCCACCUCAUGCGAUUCGGCUUUGACUGGGAAAGCGGCCGGUCCAUCAAAUACGAUGAGCAGAUCCGAUUCCCCUGGGUGCUGAACAUGGAGCCGUACACAGUGUCAGGAAUGGCCCGUCAAGAUUCAAGUGCAGAUCAUGGAGAGAACGGGAGAGGGGGCGAGGCCGGAUCCGGGGGAUCGCCUCGGAAGAAGGUCACCAUCUCUGAGAACUACGAACUUGUGGGAGUGGUGGUCCACAGCGGACAGGCCCAUGCAGGACACUAUUACUCAUUCAUCAAAGACCGUCGGGGUAGUUCACGAGGACGCUGGUAUAAGUUUAACGACAAUGUUGUUGAAGAGUUUGACAUGAACGAUGAGACUCUGGAGUACGAGUGUUUCGGAGGAGAGUACAGACCCAAAGUUUAUGACCAGUCUAACCCCUACCCGGAUGUGCGGCGGCGCUACUGGAACGCCUACAUGCUGUUCUACCAGCGCAUCAGUGACCAGAACUCCCCCGUCCUGCCCAAAAAGAGUCGAGUCAGCAUCGUGAGGCAGGAGGCAGAGGAUCUCUCACUGUCAGCGCCAUCCUCUCCAGAGAUCUCACCCCAGUCCUCCCCACGGCCACCCCGAGCCAACAAUGACCGCCUCACCCUGCUCACACGCUUGGUCAAGAAAGGAGAGAAGAAGGGUCUGUUUGUGGAAAAGAUGCCUGCUAGGAUCUAUCAGAUGGUGAGAGAUGAAAAUCUGAAGUUCAUGAAGAACAGAGACGUUUACAACAGUGAUUACUUCAACUUCACACUGUCUCUGGCGUCUGUCAACGCGACGAAGUUAAAGCAUCCAUCGUAUCAGGCCAUGGCCAAAACCAGCCUGCAGCUGUCUGUCCAGUUCCUCUUCCACACUUAUCUGCGCACUAAAAAGAAACUCAGGGUGGACACAGAGGAGUGGAUCGCUACCAUGGAGGUUUUGUUGUCCAAGAGUAGUGAGGCGUGUCAGUGGAUGGUCCAGUACCUGGUGGCACCUGAAGGACGGGAGAUCAUCAAGAUCUGUCUGUUGGAAUGCAGUGUGCGGGAGGUCCGUGUCGUGGUGGCCAACAUCCUGGAGAAGACCCUGGAGAGCGCUUUGUACUUCCAGGACGCUGGGUUGGACUGUCUUUUGGACAUGCUGCUCUCUCUAUUGGAUAAGGAUGUUCCUGAUAACUGCAAGAACUGCUCUCAGUACUUCAGCCUCUUCAGUAACUUUGCUCAGAGGGGCUGUGGGCCAUGUCAGCUGCUGCUGAAACAUUCUGCUUUUCGUCGGAUGCUUGUCUUCCUCCUGGGACCCAACCGGCAAAACAACCAGCACCGGCGCUGGAGUUCAGCACAGGCUCGUGAGUUCCUGCAUCUUCACAACACUCUGGCCCUGAUCGUGAUGCACACAGACCUCAUGUCUCAGAGGACGGAGUCUCAAGGAGUGUUCAAGCUCGCUUCAUCAGGACUGGUGGCUCCAUCUUCACCCCUCAUGCCUCUACAUCCAGACGUCAACAUGUUUCUCUUCAAAGCAGAAGGACAGGUGUAUCUCAUGGAGGUGAUGUUUGCCAUGCGUGAGUUGUCUGGCCCAUUGUCGUUUCUCAUCGAGAUGAUCACAUAUUGUUCGUUCUGUAACGAACCUUUCUCACUGGGAGUCCUACACUUACUCAAGAACCAUCUGGAAACGGCUCCUCCUCACGAACUGAAGAACGUCUUUCAGAUGCUCCUAGAGAUCCUGACGGUAGAGGACCCUCUGCAGUCUCAGAGGCUCAAAUAUGCAUUUGAAUCUGAAAAGGGCCUUCUGGCUUUGAUGCAUCAGAGCAACAAUGUGGACAGCAGUCGCUGCUAUCAGUGUGUGAAGUUCCUGGUCACGCUGGCACAGAAAUGUUCUCCAGCUAAGGACUAUUUUAAAGAGCUCUCAGGACAUUGGAGUUGGGCAGUGCAGUGGCUUCAGAAGAAGAUGUCUGAGCACUACUGGACGCCUCAGAGUAACGUAUCGAACGAGACGUCCACAGCUAAAACCUUCCAGCGCACCAUCUCAGCACAGGACACUCUAGCUUAUGCCACAGCUUUACUGAAUGAGAAGGAGCAGUCCGGCAGCAGUAAUGGUUCAGACGGCAGCCCGGCCAAUGAGAACUCGGACAGAAGCCUCAGACAGGGGUCCGAAUCCCCAAUGAUGUUGGGUGAUUCUCGAAGUGAUCUAGAAGAUGUGGAUCCAUAACGCUUCUCAUUGUUUUUGCGCAUCAAAACAACACAAAAAAAGUUACCCUCCGACGUAAAGAUGUGGCUCUAAACGGACAAUCAGAAAACUGCAUUUGAUUUUCUAGGGACUGGAAAUGGAGCGACCAGAAGCAGCCAAAGAGCCCGUCGGAGAGCUCGCUCUUCAGGCUGCCUCGCACAAGAGGCGAAUAUCUCUUUUUUUUUUUUUUUUUUUUUUUUUUUUUUUUCUGGUGGUUAAAACCUGAUUGGAUGAAAUUAGAGUUCAGGUCAUGCAAGUGAUUUAGAUGUUUCGUCUGACUUGAGUUCUGUCAGACGAGUGAGACUUAAUAAAAACGGAGGCGUUCAUUUCCUUGACGUUUUUACGCCGAACUACUAUGAUGCCAGACGGGGUGUUUUAAAAGAAGUCAGCGUAUAUUUGCCAAUGUAAUUAAGUAGAUACUAUUCAUGAGAAAUGUAAAGAUGUGUUCCAUAAGUGUAAUUUCAAAUGUAAAAUAAUAUUUUUAAGAAUCCUUUACUGAUUCCUUUUUUUUUUUUUUUUUUUUUUUGUGGUUCGGUUUGAGAGGUGCCUCAAAUGUAUUCAAAAAAAAAAAGAGGAACUUGCCAAGUCUCUGAGAGUCAAAUAAUCACACCGGUUUUUCCCUUCUCUUUCCUGCUGGUAUUUUUUAAAUGCACUUUAUAUUUGAAUUCAAUUUGAGACAAAUUCAUCACGUGAAGACAAUUGGACGGAUGUCCUUCGCUGCUCUCUGUCCAUCGAUUUUCUUGGAUUGGAACAGCGUGCAGCAAAAGACACAAGCUGUUUACGCCAGUGCUAGACAGAAAUAUGAUGGCGGACAUUGAGGACUGACCUUGCAGCGGAAGACAUAGUGCAUCAGCAGAUGCGUCCGAAGACACAUAUGCAACACACAGAGACGCUACUGUCCAACGAGCUUUUCUUCUUCCUAAAAGACAAUGAGUGCUACAAUCAGCAGAGUUUGUCAUUGAGAAACUGUUUCACUCGUUCUGUUCGUCUGUUUUGAUGUUGUCUUGUGCCCACUCUGGUAGGAAGGUCUAGGGACGUGAAGACACUUUUCAGGGUUAAUUUAGCCAAAUUUUUUAUUUUUUUUUGCUGCUUGCAUCUUAUCUGUUCAGUCUGCCUUACGCAAUCCAAAUCGGAUGACAAGGCGAGGAUGGGGUGGAAAUGGGGCGAAGGGGGAGAGAAAGACGGAGGUUGUUGGAGGGACAGGAAGUUCUCACAGAGCAGUACAGUGCCUUUACUCGACUCCUCCCCUACACCGCUCACAUCCUCGUCUUGAGACAAACCAGAGGACACGUCGUGCUACACACAUGCCUGAACCCACUCAACAUUACGCUAACAACGCACACACGUAUACUCAGAUGGCUCGGCUGAGCUCAUCUCAGAGCGCCAUAUGAGGACACAGUCGGCGCCUCGUGCGUCAUGGCCCCUUGUUUGAGCCGGGCCUGUGAUGUCCCACUUUCAGGUAGUCUGCAGGGUGUUUCAGCUGCCGUUUGCUGCUCAUUUUGUAUUUAGACUAGAACACUUAGUGACAUUGCUUCAAUGUUUACAGCGGAAAGACCUCAAUGCCACCUCACACAAACGUUAGUGCUGCUUUUUACCUCACAGUCAUCUGCUCUUCGCAACUUUCACAUUGACGCUUUUUUUUGCCACACUUCUGUGCAUGUUUUUAUGUGUGUGAGUCUUUUUGCUGGAAAAGAACUGCAUCAACUGGCCAAAGCAGCUGAAAGAAGCUGGUUUAUAAAAUAAGUCUUAAACCAGCCUAAGUGCAUUUGCUGGUUUAUGCUGGUCUCUCAGCCCGACUAAGUUGUGUUUAGGUGGUUAAGUGUCCAAAAACCAUUUAAUACCAGCCAACAGACCAGCCUCAUCAAGCUGGAAGAGCAACUAAGAGAAGCAAACCAGCCUAGACUGGUUUAAGAUGACAGAGCCAGCCAACUUAGCUGGUUUUAAACUCUAGAUUGGUCAGGCUGGGAGACCAGGUAAAACCAGCACACCAUCUUAAACUGGUUUAACAUGUUUUUGUUGUUGUUGUUGUUUUUCAAAUGGUCCAGUCUGUCUUGCUGGUUUUAGAGUGUUUUGGGGCACUUAAACUUAAGAUUGCCUAGACUAAGA